CUGGGUAUUCGUACUUAUAUCUGAGCGUGGAUGUACUAUUGUUACAAAACAUGUGUGUGGUAUUGAUGUAGUGAAAGGGGUAGGGGAUGGCCAUGUGGUGUACAUGCUGACUGGACCGAGUUACAAAACUGUGUCGGAAAGAAAAUGGACAGACUAGAAGGUUUACAUCGAAAGAGGAGAUUACAUUACAUAACUAUAUUACGAGAACCAGUUAUAAGAUAUAUCAGUGAAUGGAAACAAGUUCAACGAAUCGAGAUGACGUGGCCUUCUUCGCUGUUCUGCGAUGGACGGAAGGCAUCUUCAAAAGAGGUCCCGUCUUGUUAUAAUGGACAAAAAUGGAAGAAUAUAACAUUUGAAAAUUUCGUUGGUUGUAAAUCGAACCUAGCAAUUAAUCGACAAACCCGGAUGUUAGCUAACCUUAGUUUAGUUAACUGUUAUAAUACGACUGGGAUGAGUUUUGAAGAAAGACAAACAAAAAUAUUGGAAAGUGCGUUAGAAAAUUUAAAGAACAUGGCAUUUUUUGGAUUAACGGAAUAUCAGCUAGAAACACAACUUCUUUUUGAAAUGACAUUUGAUAUAAGAUUUAAACAUUUAUUUGAGCAACACAAUAACACGUAUGCAGAAAAUGCUAUUUACAAUUUGACUGAAGCACAAAUUAGUAUAAUUAAACAGCUAAAUGAUUUAGACAUUAAGUUGUAUGAAUUCGCAAAGGAAAUUUUUUUUGAACGAUUAAUUAUAUAUAAAUCAUAA